AUGACUGGGCAAGUCGAGGGGAUUGAUGACUCGAUUGGGAAGGCUUGCCAGGUUUACCUAGAGCCAUCCAGCGACAUCGAGAAGCUGGAGCACUUCCCGACAGAUGGUUCAGAUUCAGAAGCCAAGCAGAUCAAGACCGAAAGACAGAGAGCAGACGCAUCCAGCAAUGCCACCAGUGAUGGAGAAGGAGAGGUUGACCAGCGUGAUGACGAUGAGAACCACCAGACGACCAGCAUCGCGAGCCGCGUCCUUAGUCGGAUGACUUCCCGCUCAAGCGUUGCACCUGGACCGCCGCCUGAUGGAGGUUUCACCGCAUGGAUGUGUGUCCUCAGUGGGCACCUCGUCAUCAUGAACACUUGGGGUGUCAUCAACUCUUUUGGUGUUUUUCAACCGCACUACACGUCGACUCUGAACCGUGCACCGUCUGACAUCUCCUGGAUCGGCUCAUUCGAGAUCUUUCUGCUCUUCUUCAUCGGCACCUUUACCGGCCGCUUGACCGAUGCGGGAUUCUUCCGCCCCCUUUUUGCCACGGGCUCCGUGCUCGUGGUGGCCGGCACCUUUGCCACGUCGUUCUGCACACAGUACUGGCAGUUCUUCCUGGCGCAGGGUGUCUGCAUGGGUCUCGGCAAUGGAUUCUUGUUCUGCCCGUGCCUGGCUCUGCUUGCGACGUAUUUUCAGAAGAGGCGAGCGCUGGCGAUCGGUAUCUCGGCGUGCGGCAGCGCGACGGGCGGCCUGGUGUUUCCCAGCAUCGUCAGGGAACUGCUGCCGCGGAUCGGGUUCGGUUGGACGAUGCGGGUCAUUGGGUUCAUCCAGCUGGCCACCAUGCUCGUGAGCUUCUUCUUCCUCAAACCGCGGAUCGCUCCGCGCAAGGCCGGCAAGUUGGUGGAGUGGGCGGCCUUUGCAGAGCUCGAGUACACGUUUUACGCCUUGGGGUCCUUCCUCUGCUUCAUGGGGGUCUACUUUGCCUUUUUCUACCUCGCCUCCUACUCGCGCGACAUUCAGGGCCUGUCCUACAUCAACUCGCUCAACCUCCUCCUGCUCCUCAACGGCAUCGGCGUCAUCGGCCGGCUGCUGCCCAACUACGUCGCCGACACGCUCGGCACCCUCAACAUGUUCAUCCCCAUGGCCGGCAUCAGCUCGCUGCUGGCCUUCUCGUGGAUGGCCGUGUCGUCCGAGCCGGGCCUCUACGCCUGGGCCGUCUUCUACGGCAUCGCCGCCGGCGGCAUCCAGAGCCUGUUCCCCGCCGGGCUGAGCGCGCUGACGGCGGACCCGCGCAAGCAGGGCACGCGCAUGGGCAUGGUCUUUACGAUUGUCAGCUUUGCCGUGCUGACGGGGCCACCUAUCGCGGGGGCCGUCAUCGACGCCACGGGCGGGCGGUACGUGGGCGCGCAGGCCUUUGCGGGGAGCUGCAUGGCCCUCGGCAUGGGGGGCUUGAUGGCGGCACGGGAGGUCAAGAGGCGGAAACUCGGCAGGGGGGUUUGGGCCAAGGUGUGA